CGAAAAUAUCGCCGCUGCUUCGUACCGACUUCCUUUCCACGACGUGCGUUCCCAACAUGCAGAAGAAACAAAAAGAACCGAUACAGUCGGUGCAAGUCUUCGGACGCAAAAAAAGUGCAACCGCGGUCGCCUACUGCAAACGAGGCCGUGGAAAUCUCCGAGUAAAUGGACGCCCAUUGGAACUCGUCGAGCCUCGCGUGCUCCAAUAUAAAUUGCAAGAACCGAUCUUGCUACUGGGUAAAGAAAAAUUCUGUGGAGUUGAUAUCAGAGUAAGAGUAAAUGGUGGUGGCCACGUAGCUCAAAUUUAUGCUAUUCGCCAAGCCAUUUCCAAGGCUCUGGUUGCGUACUAUCAGAAGUAUGUCGACGAAGCAAGCAAGAAAGAGGUAAAGGAUAUUCUCAUUCAGUAUGAUCGCACUCUCCUGGUUGCGGACCCGAGGAGAUGCGAACCAAAGAAGUUUGGUGGUCCAGGUGCCAGGGCAAGGUACCAGAAAUCGUACCGAUAAUGUCUACGAAUUCCAUUUUAUUCAUAUUAAAUAAAGACUAUUAAAAAACAAA